GAGGCCAUGGAACUUCAAAGCAAGAUAAGAGACGUGAAAACCUCACAAGGAAGCACGGAUAGAUGGGAAUGGAUUCACGACAAAAAUGGCCAAUACACAACAAAAUCAGCAUAUUCACUUUUAACAAAAGAAGAGAGUGGAGCAAAUGGAAGCACAACAUUCACAAGAGUCUGGAAUCCCAUUCUUCCAAGCAAAAUAUCGACGUUUAAUUGGCAACUACUACAGGAUAGAAUUCCAACAAAAAUGAAUCUACUGAGAAGAAGGGUCAUUAAAGACAUGGGAGAAAGCAGAUGUGGUAUAUGCAAUGAAAGAGAGGAAGACUCAACGCACAUGUUUUUAAAAUGCAAGAUGGCUCAAUGGUUAUGGAUGGCUUGUGCAAAGUGGUGGGGGAUUAAAAUCACACUACAAGAGGAUUGCUGGAACACUUUCCAGAACUUUGAAAGAGAUUUGAAAGAAGCAAAUUUGGAACUCCUUGGUAUGGACGGUGUGGCUGGCUAGAAAUCAAAAGCUAUUUCAAGGAAAAAAGAUUGAUGCGGGAAAGCUAUUUGAGCUCAUCCAGAUGAGAUCCUUUUUUUGGGUUAAAUCAAAAAAUGACAGGUAUGCUUUUAAUCUUGUUAACUGGAUUAUGAAUCCUGUUGCAUGCUUGAGGGAGUGCUGUAGCAAAAGAAGGGCACCAAUCAAAUAAUUGCGGAGCCAAGACUAAUUUAGCUAGUGAUUUUGGUCAAAUGUUAGAUGGGAUGACAAAUGGGAAGGUUUUGUGGAUCUGAACAGUGAUUUAUGAAUGAAACUGCAAUAGUGGGCAGAAGCUCGACACGGGUAUAGUGUCGACACGGUCUGUUGGUGUCGACACCAGAUGGUCAGCAUCUAAAACUCCGACACGAACGUGGUGUUGACACAUAUUUUGGGUGUCGACACUAGAUGGCAGGCGUCCAAAACAUUUAAUCUGGUACCUGUCAAGUAUGAUGUAUGGGUUUGGGGUACCUCUUGUACUCCGGGCAUUAAUAAAUAUUAAUUUUUGCUGUUCAAAAAAAAAAAAAAAAGUUAGUCCGGUGUUGAGAAGAAUAGAAAUAUAAUUAAUAGUGAUUUUGUCCUUUCUCACGCCGAAUUGAUCUGCACUUAGGUUGUGAUAACUCGGUUAUCCUUUCUGUAAUCGCAUGUAUUCGUCUUUUGUGCAUAGGAAUGUUGGUUUUGUGCUAUCUACCGUCUUGCUAGGGUACUGGUGUUUCUCUAAGAUAUUAUCCGAAUUACAAAAAUCUUGUGUAUUAUCCUGCUAUCGCUGUAAAAUAUUAAUAAAAGUUUUACCUCUUU